CUGAGCUGUUAUCCAUCUCUGAUUGACUUCCUGUUGCACAUCAUCAUCAUCCUAUACGCGGCACCAAGUACAGUAUUGCCACACAGACUGUGCCACUUCCUGCGUCUGCGGGGAAUUCCCCGCAGCGUAAGGUGUGGAAGGUGCAUAAAAGCCUUCACGUCUCGACAUGCAGGCAGAACAGAAGCGACGCGAGCUGAGAUCUUCUGCAAAACCCAAAAUAUACUCAGAGAAAGAACAACCUUCACUUGAAAAGAUGUCCGCUGAGAUGACCUGCAACAAGCUGCCCGCCGGACUGGGCCUGGAGGUUUCCCGCCACCCCCUGACCCUGAGGCGCGUGGUCAACCUGGUGGUCGCCAUGGAGAGGUUAAAGGGCAAAAGCUGCCAGACGGCGCUGGGCACCGAAUUCUCGGAGGAGAACCUCCUCAACAUCAUGAUGGAGGACGUCGUUGAAGUGAUCAACAUGCCCGAGAGUAGGCCGUCUCGACCCAACCAGUUCAGCAGGACGGGCCAGUACCAGUGCAGCGUUGCCGACACCCAGAAGAAGAGUUUGGUGGUGGUCCAUGAUAGCAUGGAGCUGCACGCCGUCACGCUGCAGGGAGGAAGCAGCCACCGCAAAGUGUUCCUGAACAUGUCCACCUACGUGCGCCCGUCCCCCAACACCGAGGCCCGACCAGUGGCUCUGGGCAUCAAGGGCACAAGUCUUUACCUGUCCUGCCACCAGGACGGCGACAAGCCCACUCUGCACUUGGAGACGCUGGAGGACGUCACCAGUUUGACAAGGAUCAACUCCGACAGCGAGAUGGUUCGCUUCCUCUUCUACAAACGUGACUCGGGGGUGAGCAACAGCACCCUCAUGUCCGCACAAUUCCCAAACUGGUUCAUCAGCACUGCGGAGGAGGACAGCAUGCCGGUGGAAAUGUGCCAGCGGGCUGCCAACCGCUACAUAACCUUCAACAUCCAGAGGCAGAGUUAAAGACGGAAAAAAACUGCUCUUAAAUGUGUUUUUUUUUACACUUAUAGUUCACUUUUUAAAAUCUUUUUUUUUUUAAUACCCCCUUUGAUGCGUUACCUGUUUACACCUUUAAAAAAUCCGAGCGCACCGAAAUGCAUCACUGCAGGUCACGUGACAUUGCUCGCCUCUCCAAUUGGUCAAAAGAAUGUAAACAGGAAGAAGGUCGGCUGUAUGAGCGGCUCAAAUGACUACCACUUUGCCAAAAAAAAAAACGACAUUUAGGAGGAAUUUCUGAGCAAAUUAUCCUAAUUCACACAGUGAAAAAGUGGGCCACUAGAGUAUAAACCGUGACAUGUUUAGCAUCAACAUUGUUAUACAACUUGAUGUCAGUUACAAAGCAAACUAUGCAUCAAAGGGGGUGGAAUGAAACAAGGACUACAAAGUGUGAAAGCACAUCUUGAUCAGUAGAGCAACUUGGAUUUGUAUGUGCAAGCCUUCUAUUAUUUAUGUAUUUAUUCAGUUAUUUAUGUAUUUAUUUAUUGUGUUUAUUUAUUUAAUUAUUUAAAAUCAAUGUGUACACCAUCAUGUAUUUAUGCAGAGGUCUGCUUUCGUACAAAUGCUUUAAAACUUUGGAUCAGCCAUGCACAAUAAAAUUGUGAUCUGUG